ACAGAAAAAAAAACACAAAAAAAGAGUGAUGGGUUUCUGCCAAAUUCCCUUUCUGCCCAUAUACCUUCCCUCUUUCGCAAUGGGCUGAAUGUACACCAUGAGGCCUCAGCCAAUCAGGUCAGCAGUAAAACCACCUGAUGUCUGGACCGCCGUCUCCUUUCUGUCCGUUCAGCGCAGUACGAUGACCUGACUUCAGGUUUCCGGACAGCUAUGAGGCUUCUCUGACAGAGCUUCUUCACCAAAGGGAGCUCACCUUCAAAACUCUUCAGCUCCAGAGUUAAAACCCCCCCGGUUCAGAGGAACAAACCAAAAACGCCCGAGUGGAGCCAUGUCUGUGCUCAAAAUCCUGUGCUGUUUGCUCAUAGCGUGUCACCUCGGUGAGGGGAAGAAAAUUAGAGGAAGCAGAGCAAGUGUAACGCACACGGAGGAGGGGGGCGUCCUCAGGAUGAAAGAGCCGUAUGUCAGCAGUUCAGUCUUCAGGCUGUUUCUGGGAGGUGAGGACACCUGCACGCUGGACCCUCUGCAGCUGCACACUCUCACCUCCUGCGGCUUCAACAGCAGUAAUCCCCUCAUCAUCAUCACUCACGGGUGGUCGAAGGUGGAUGGCAUGAUGGAGAGCUGGGUGCUCAGGAUGGCCACGACCCUGAAGAGCAACCUUGUAGAUGUUAACGUGGUGAUGACCGACUGGCUGAGUCUGGCUCAUCAACAUUAUCCCCUGGCUGUGCAGAGCACCCGCACUGUGGGCAAGGAUAUAGCUCAUCUGCUGCGGUCUCUUCAGAGAGAGUACCGGUACCCGGUGAGAAAAGCUCAUCUGAUUGGAUACAGCCUGGGAGCUCACAUAUCUGGGUUUGCUGGAAGCUUCCUGCAAGGUUCAGACAAGAUCGGGAGGAUUACCGGCCUGGACCCGGCAGGGCCGCUGUUUGAGGGCAUGUCUCCCACGGACCGACUUUCUCCCGAUGACGCAGAGUUUGUGGACGCCAUCCACACCUUCACCCACGAGCGUUUGGGCCUCAGCGUGGGCAUCAAGCAAGCCGUGGCACAUUACGACUUCUAUCCCAACGGAGGAGACUUCCAGCCUGGAUGUGACUUUCAUAACAUUUACGACCACAUAAGCGAAUACGGGAUCCUUGGCUUUGAGCAGACGGUGAAAUGCGCUCACGAGCGCUCCGUCCACCUGUUCAUGGACUCUCUGCUGAACAAAGACAAGCAGAGCAUGGCCUACAGGUGCAGCGACAACAGCGCCUUCGUCAGGGGCAUCUGCUUGGACUGCAGGAAGAACCGCUGCAACACCCUGGGCUACGACAUCAGGAAGGUCCGCACCGCAAGGAGCAAGAAGCUCUACCUGAAAACCAGAUCUCGGAUGCCGUACAAACUCUAUCAUUACCAGUUCAGGAUCCAGUUUGUCAACCAGACGGAAAGAAUCACGCCGUCUCUCAUCUUCUCCCUCCAAGGAACCGAGGAGGAGAGCGGAGAUCUUUUCAUCACCAUAGAUGAAGGUAUUCAUGGAAACACAACCUUCUCCUUCCUGAUCACGCUGGACAAGGACCUGGGAGAGCUAAUGAUGCUGAAGCUGAGUUGGGAGACGUCUGAUCUGUGGAGGAACGUGUGGACUCGGAUGCAAAGCAUCCUUCCUUGGGGCGGCCAGAGGAGUAAGCCUCAGAUGAUGGUGGGAAAAAUCAGCGUCAAAGCAGGAGAAACACAGGACAGGACAUCAUUUUGCGCCAUGAACAACGAUGGACCACACAUUGAAGUUGGUGAAGAUAAGGUGUUUGUGCGCUGCAAAGAGGACAAGCCAACGCUGCGCAGGAGAAAGCACAGCAGACCGGUGAAAAUGAAUACAUCUGUUCAACAGACUAAAUAUUGAUACCGAAUGCUCUCCAACACACGAAACAAGCUCCUCAAAAGAUGACGCUGUGCAGACUAAGAAAUCAGCAUGAAAUAAUUCAAGGAAAAAAUAAAUAAAAAAGCACUGAUAAAUUUGUCUGGAAGCUUAAAAACAAGCACCUGUUGAAACCGUUUACAAUAGACUGUGAUAAAUGAAACUAUUAAUAAACUAUAUCUUUCAGCAGACA